CGCCAAAAUACUGAAGUGGACAAACCGAAAGCGUCAAAGAGCUUACAUCGUGUUCCUGCUGUACAAGAGCGUCUGUACUUCUGCUGGUGAUGGUCAGCGGCUGAUUGUUUCCUGAAAGCUCUGCUAAUGUCUGCAUUGGUGUUUUAGCUGCAGUAUGGCAGAGGAGCGAGUAAAGGACUCUCUCUCAGAGAAACACAGUGUGAGAUCAGGAUCAUGUGUGUCUCUGAAGAGUGACCAGUCUAAAGAUGUUUUUCCACCAGACUUCAGAGAGAAAACCCCAUCAUCUGCCAACAGUGUGAGAUCAGGAUCAUGUGUGUCUCUGAAGAGUGACCAGUCUAAAGAUGUUUUUCCACUAAACUUCAGAGAGAAAACACCAUCGUCUGUCAACAGUGUUGGAUAUGAGUUACCAGAUUCAGGAGACGAGACUCACAGGAGCCACAAGAGUUUUUCAGGAAACCUCCAGAGGAUCUUUCAGAAGCUUGAAAGCAAAAUGAUCAGAUUUUUGAAGAAUGAACUGGAAAAGUUUAUGAAAAUCUUACAAGAAGAAAACGGUCAAGAGUUUGUAAAGGACUUUAAUGACAAGAGAAGCAAAAUCACAGAAGCAGCUCUUGAUCUCACACUCUUCUUCCUGAGAGAGAUGAAGCAAGAUGAAGUUGCUGAUACUCUCCAGGUUGAGCUGUUCUUCAUCAAUCAGCUUAAAUGUAGCCUAAAGAAGAAAUAUCAAAGUGUGUUUGAAGGAAUUGCUCAGCAAGGAGACUCCACACUUCUGAAUAACAUCUACACAGAUCUCUAUAUCACUCAGGGUGCGAGUGAACAGGUCAACACUGAACAUGAGAUCAGACAGAUUGAAGUUGCUUCUAGGCGUCAUCAGUCACUAGAUAUGAAGAUUGAAUGCAAACAUUUGUUUGAAGCACCUGAACAACACAAGCAGAUCAGAACUGUCCUGACAAAAGGAGUUGCUGGCAUCGGGAAAUCAGUCUCUGUGCAAAAGUUUGUUCUGGAUUGGGCUGAAGGGAAAGAAAAUCAAGACAUCAGCUUCAUAUUUCCUCUUCCAUUCAGAGAGAUGAACUUAAAGGAGACAGAAAAACAAAGUUUAAAAGACCUCAUAACUCAGUUUUUCCCAGAGACUAAAGGACUGGACCUUACAAGAAGCACACGAUUCAAAGUCCUGUUCAUCCUUGAUGGAUUGGAUGAAUGUCGUCUUCCUCUGAACUUUGCUGGUAAUGAGACGUGUGGUGAUGUAUCUUCAGCAGUCUCUCUGGAUGUUCUCCUGACGAACCUCAUCAAGGGAAAUCUGCUUCCUUCUGCUCUCAUCUGGAUCACCAGCAGACCAGCAGCUGCCAGUAAGAUUCCUGCUGACUGUAUCGACCGGCUGACAGAGAUACGAGGAUUCAAUGAUGCCCAAAAGGAGGAGUACUUCAGAAAGAGACUCACAGAUCAGAAUCAGGCUAGAGAAAUCAUUGAUCACAUUAAACAGUCAAAGAGUCUCUUUAUUAUGUGCCACAUCCCAAUCUUCUGCUGGAUUUCAGCCACUGUUCUCCAGAACAUUUUGAAGGAAAACAGAAAUACUGAACUGAAACACAGGGCUAAUGCUGAAACACUGCAGGAAUCUCCCAAGACUCUGACACAGAUGUACACACACUUUCUCCGCUUUCAGAUCCAGCAGAGCAGAAGAAAGUAUGAUGGAGAAAACACACCAGAUGUCUCCUGGGAUCCAAACCUCAUCCUUUCACUGGGGAAACUGGCCUUCCAGCAGCUGGAAAGAAACAAUGUGAUCUUCUAUGAGAGCGAUCUGAAAGACUGUGGCAUUGACGUCUAUAAGGCAUCGGUGUACUCAGGCAUGUGUACCCAGAUCUUUAAGGAGGAGACGGGGAUCAUUUUUGGUACCAUGUACUGCUUCCUUCACUUGAGCAUUCAGGAGUUCAUUGCAGCCCUUUAUGAGCAUCUGUUUCUAGACAUCAACAAGACGUGUCAAUCAAUGUUUUGUCACAAAAGCAGAAAUAAAUGUAUGAUUGAUUUGCUGAAGACUGCAGUGGACAAGGCUCUGGAAAGUGAGAAUGGACAUCUGGACCUUUACCUUCGCUUUCUUCUCGGUCUGUCACUCCAGUCCAAUCGACAACUAUUACGAGGCCUGUUGACACAGCAGGAUGACAGAGACCAGAGCAAAGAGGAAAUAAUUGCAUACAUCAAGCAGAAACUUGAAGGGAAUCUGUCUCCAGAGAGAUCCAUCAAUCUGUUCUACUGUCUGAAUGAACUGAAUGAUCAAACUCUGCUGAAAGAGAUUCAGUCUCACCUCAGUAGAGGAAGUCUGUCAUCUGCUGACCUUUCACCUGCCCAGUGGUCUGCUCUGGUCUUUGUGUUGUUGACCUCAGAGGAGGAGCUGGAGGAGUUUGAGCUUCAGAAAUUCCAGAGAUCAGACGAGUGUCUCAUCAGACUAUCAGCAGUCAUCAAAAUCUCCAAAAGAGCUCUGCUACAGUGCUGUAAUCUCACUGUCCGGUCUUGUGAGAUUUUAUCUUCAGUUCUUCAAUCCUCAAACUGUGUCCUGAGAGAGCUGGACCUGAGUAACAAUGACCUGCAGGAUUCAGGAGUGAAGAAGCUCUCUCAUGGACUGAAGAGUCAACAAUGUAAACUGGAGACUCUGAGAUUGGUCAUGAGUAAUCUCACUGCUCAGUGUUGUGAGAUUUUGUCUUCAGUUCUUCAAUCCUCAAACUGUGUCCUGAGAGAGCUGGACCUGAGUAACAAUGACUUGCAGGAUUCAGGAGUGAAGCUUCUCUCUAAAGGACUGAAGAAACCAGAGUGUAAACUAGGGACACUGAGAAUGGUCAUCUGUAAUCUCACUGUCCGGUCUUGUGAGAGUUUGUCUUCAGUUCUACAAUCCUCAAACUGUGUCCUGAGAGAGCUGGAGCUGAGUAACAAUGACCUGCAGGAUUCAGGAGUGAAGCUUCUCUCUGAUGGACUGAAGAGUCAACACUGUAAACUAGAGACACUGAGAUUGUCUGGCUGUAUGGUGACAGAGGAAGGCUGUGGUUUUCUGUCUUCAGCUCUGACUUCAAACCCCUCACACCUGAGAGAGCUGGAUCUGAGCUACAAUCAUCCAGGAGAUUCAGGAGUCAAGCUGCUCUCUGAACAACUGGAGGAUCCAAACUACACACUGGACAAACUCAAUCUGGAUCAUGGAGGAGAGAACAGGAUUACAGCAGGACCACGCAAAUAUGUCUGUUUCCUCACACUGGAUCCAAACACAGCACACACUCGUCUCAUUCUGUCUGAGGAGAACAGAGAGGUGAAGCGUGUGUUAGAGGAUCAGCCGUAUCCUGAUCAUCCAGACAGAUUUGAUUAUUGUCCUCAGGUGUUGUGCAGAGAGAGUGUGUGUGGACGCUGUUACUGGGAGAUUGACUGGAGUGGAGAUGAUCACGGUGUGUAUAUAUCAGUGUCGUAUAAGAGCAUCAGCAGGAAGGGAGGAGGUCAUGAGUCUUGUUUUGGAUAUAAUGAUCAGUCCUGGAGUUUGUUCUGGUCGUCUUCCAGUUUCUCAUUCAUUCACAACGAUAGAGAGACUCGUCUCCCAGUAGAGCAGAUCAGCAGGAGAAUAGGAGUGUUUGUGGAUCACAGUGCAGGAACUCUGAUCUUCUACAACAUCUAUAGAGACACAAUGAGCCUCAUCCACUCAGUCCAGACCACAUUCACUGAGCCGCUCUGCCCUGGGUUUGGGGUUUAUCGCGAAUCAUCAGUGAAACUACUGAAGACUGAGAGACUGAGGAGAGAUUUACCCAUAAUCCUCCGCAGGAUCAGUCAGUAGCAGUGAGAUUUUCUGUGGUCUCUUCUGUGUUUUUUUUUUUCACCAAAGAAGGCUCACACAAAUUCCAAAGACAGAUACUGAACAGAUACACAUGGUCAAGAAAGACACUUCUACCUGUACUUGUAACAAAAUAGCUGGUAAACUCUGCCCUGUCUCUUUUCCUGGGCUGCCUUUUUCCCUGGUCUGCUUCUCUCCUGCUCUGGAGUGACCCUCAACACAAAGGGCAAAAUCAACCAGGGCAUCAAUGUCAUGGGCAGGCCCUGCCUUUAAGAAAGGUGAUCUUGAAUGCCACUCUGGAUUCCUCAGUAGUGUAAGGAUGAGGCUGAGCAUCUCCUGAAAGACUGACAGGAGCUUGUAUUCCCGUCAUAGGGUGGUGGGAUAUUUGCAUGGGGCUCUGAUUCAGGAUGGAAACCCAAACUAGGACAUUUGCAGUCUAGAUAAAUGAGACCACAAGAGGACAAUAAGUCAAGUGUUUUUCUUUUCAUUCUGAUAAUGCUUACAGCUAUUGAAACCCAAUACAUUUGCAAGUCUCCGAAAAUGUGUAUAUAUUAUGGCCAAUAAAUAAAAACAAAAGGAUUUUAA